AUGGACGAUGGGACUUUGGCUUUGAUCAAGAAUCGACUGGUUGUCGAAGCUAGGGCAAAUGCUAGAAAAGAAAGUGCCAAAAUCCGGAGCACAAGGAUGCAGAAGAAGUUUGAUGGAACACCUAGAAGACCAAGGCUUUCCGCAUUUUGCUCAGAGAAGCAGUUGUAUGCAAUGCUGGUUGAUGACCAAAACAAAAAGUGUCUGUUCUAUGGAAGUACAUUGCAGAAAUCUAUCCGACAAGAUCCCCCUUGUUCCAAUAUUGAAGCUCCUCAACGUGUUGGGGAGGAACUUGUCAAAGCCUGCGUUGAACUCAACAUAAAUGAAAUAUCGUCCUACGGUCGCAAUGGUUUUUGCUCGCGGAGAAAGGAUGCAAGCCUUUGA